CUGCUCAGCAAGAAGCCAUGGAAGCGACCAGUCUCCACCGAUUUCUGGCGUCUAAACCGCCGCUCUUGACCAUCGAUCCACAUAAAUUCUCCCCUACAUCUCAGAAUCAGGUAUUCUUUCUAUCUCUACGCCAUCAACAGCCUCUCAGGAUCAAACCGAUCAACGCCACGGACACCGACGGCGACAGCGCGCCACCGCAGGUUCCGCCGGCAAUAACGCCUCCGGAGACGGUUGAUGUUCGGUUUCGGAAGAGGUCGAGAAGACGAUCGAAACAGGAGAGCGAGGAUGGAGCGGCGAUGGGGAAUGUGCGGGCGAGAAAGGCGCCGGUGGAGAUUGCUUCCAAGAAGCCGAAGAAAUGGGAGGAGAUGGACUUGGCGGAGAAGGCGACGGAGCUGUAUAUGGGAGAGAAGGGUUUGUUGUUUUGGCUAAACAAGUUUGCUUAUGCCUCCAUUUUUAUCAUGAUUGGUGGUUGGAUUGUGUUCCGAUUUGUUGGGCCUUCGCUCAAUCUUUACCAGUUGGAUACUCCACCAUUAUCUCCGACUUCCAUUUUCAAGGGCUGAUGAUCUUCGGAAUUGCCUCUUUUUUGUCGCAAUCUUUAAUCCUUUUCAUACACAUUCUCUUGCGGCUGCUCAAUUAUUAUUCUAUCGUUGUAAAUUCUUGUUCUAGGGAUUUCUUAACUGAUAAGUGUUCAUGGAGAAUUGGGUGAUUAUGAAUUGGGUUUUUAUUGAAGAUU